CUCCGCGACAGCAAGAUGGCGGCGCAGCUGGAGGAGUGUGAGGGUGGUGCGCAGCUGGCGGGACCCGCGGCGGAGGCCGACCCGCUGGGCCGCUUCACGUGUCCCGUGUGCUUGGAGGUGUACGAGAAGCCGGUGCAGGUGCCCUGCGGACACGUCUUUUGCUCUGCAUGCCUGCAGGAAUGUCUGAAGCCGAAGAAGCCUGUCUGUGGGGUGUGUCGCAGCCCUCUGGCACCUGGCAUCCCAGCCGUGGAGCUCGAGCUGCAGAUUGAGAGCACAGAGACUUCUUGCCAUGGCUGCCAUAAAAAUUUCUUCCUGUCCAAGAUCCGGGCCCACGUGGCUACUUGUUCAAAGUACCAGAAUUACAUCAUGGAAGGUGUGAAGGCCACCACCAAGGAUGCAUCCCUUCAGCCAAGGAGUGUCCCAAACCGUUACACCUUUCCUUGCCCUUACUGUCCUGAGAAAAACUUUGAUCAAGAAGGACUUGUGGAACACUGCAAGUUAUCCCAUAGCACGGACACCAAAUCUGUGGUUUGUCCCAUAUGUGCCUCGAUGCCCUGGGGAGACCCCAACUACCGCAGCGCCAACUUCUUAGAGCACAUCCAGCGCCGGCACCAGUUUUCUUACGACACUUUUGUGGAUUACGAUGUCGAUGAAGAGGACGUGAUGAAUCAGGUGUUGCAGCGCUCCAUCAUCGACCAGUGACCAGUCUCUGCUGUCCGUCUCAUGUUCCAGAGCUUCCAUUACAUGUUAAGCGGGAGACAUGUGACUCAUACACCUUAAUGUACAACAGACCUGGAAGUGAGCCGUAGUGUUAGGACAGCGCCACUUCCCACAGGGAAACAGGUCCCCAGUCAGAGCCCUGCUUUCCUUUGGGCUCUUCCCCUACUGUUAACCCUGUUUGUCUUAUGUCUGGUCUUUAUUGCUCCUCAGCUACUUCCUGGAGCUUCUGCCUCCUCUUCUGAAAGAGAACCCAGCUUCUCCGCCUGUCCUGUUUCACACUGUUCCUCCCAUCCACUGUUCAUCUCUCAGGCCCUCUGAGCCAGCCGGGACCUUUUUUGGGUCGUGAAUAGCACAAAUGAGACAAGCGUCUCCCCUCCUUGUCCCUGAGGUGUGGGCUCUGGCAGUAACGCAUCUGAUCAGUGAUGGAGCUCCUUCUGUGCUGUUGAAGUUCCUGUUAGUUGGUCCUUGGCGGCAGCUGCCGGAAGCUGGAGUUAUCUCCUGGGAAACAUUUUGAAAGUCCUAUUGGGGUGAAUGGUCUGGGUUUAGCAUGGUCUGAUGCCGGAAGUUUUGAUUAGUGAUAUUUUCCUACCACUCCUGCACACCCUUAGAAUUAACUGGUUCAAUCUUAAAUGCCUGCAUGGUGCCUUUUUAGGAUGAGGUGUAACCAUAUAUUUGUAGUGAAAAUAAGUGUUUCUAGGUUAGGAAAGUUAAACUCCAUUUAUCCAGAAGUGAGGAGGAGGGUCAGCUGUGCGAGGUGGGGUGGGAGGGCCAUAGCUUGUGGUUCCGAUUUUCAAGCUAAUGAGGUAUUUUCCAAUGACGGGGUCAUGUUUACCUCUCUAUUUGGGAGCUGCUUACAUUCUUGUCUUUGAAGCAUGAAAAGGAGUCCUCACAUGAGUAAGAAGGAAGAGGUCUGGGGGGGUUCCAGUGGAUUCUAGUUGUUUUAUUUGGUAACUUAGCUUAAACUGAGCGUUGCUUUUCCAUCACAAAUGGUUUCCUUAUGAAACUGGUUUCAGCGUGUCGGUCAGUGUAUGAAAACCUGCCUUCCAAAGCAGAGAGGCUGUAGAAGGCCCAGCAUCACAGCCUGCGGUCUCCUCUUACAGGACGCGCUGUUCAGAAGCCACCAUGUGUCUGCUGGUGGCACUUGUUAAUGGAAACUGUCCGCCGGAAACUUGCUUUGGUAACAGCUUAAGAAGCGUGAAGUUGAACAUGUUUCUUGAAUUUUAAUAAAUAAAGGCUGAGAGGUAUCAGUCGAAUUUGUAGGAGCAGAACCUCAGAUCCACAAAAUGGCAUCUGGAUUUAGGUUUGUUUUUUCAUAUCAGACCUCUCUAGUCUGAAAAUGGAAAUUUCUUCUGGUUGGUGACUGAGGUUGCAAGGGAAAGGGGGCUUUGGGCCUGAGCACUGCUGCUGUGGGCCUCUCCCCACCUGCCGGGAAGAGCUGCUGAUGCCUAGUCACCAGCAAAGAUGGGGCCCUUUGGGGGCAGAAUAAUUUUUUCUAAUGUACUGUUGCUGGAGAGAGCCUAGAUGUUAAGGUCAGCUUCUACACUGUAAUUUCUGGAAAAAGUUCACUCAAACCUCCCUGAAUUGAGAUCAUCUCAGUCUAAGUUUGGAGGGAAAUUUGACAAAACCUUCAUUUGAGGAAACUGAGAGCAUGUCUGUCUCACUGGUGGUACCAAGAAACUGAUUUCCUUGUAUUAAGUGCACUUCAUGUAUUUCUAAGAUGACUUUCCAGAAAGUGAAAUUUGUUAUGUUCUGGCUUUUAAAAGGUGAAAUAUAAAUAAAUUUCAUAAUUUAUCCAA